GUUGUAUAGCAUAUUAGGAGAAGAAAGGGAGUGUUUCGGUUGUUGCAGCAAGGCUAUAGACCAGUGUGAAAGCGGUAAAGAUUUAUCAUUUUAUCUAUCUGUUGAACAACACGACACAGUGUGUUAUUGAGUGUGGAGUGGACUUACGGCUACAAUCAAUUCACUCGCAUAGUAGGACAACAAGGGAGGAGAAAAAACUUUCUUUCUUUUCUCUUCGGAAACUUCUCGUGUCGAGUUGUGCACGCAACCCGACUUGAUGUAUACGACAUUAGGUGAAAACGAUAACAUGGAGGUGGACCUGUCCAAGACCGCCGUUCCCCCGUCGAGCAUGCCGCCGUCGUCGGUGCCGCCUCAGCACCAGGGCCACGCGCCGCCACCCCAGGCGCACUCCCAGAACAACCCGAACAUCCAGGCAAAUUCGCAGAACGGGGCCAACAACAAUUCGGCGGCCAAGAACGCUCAGUCGAACGCGGACCCUCGCGUCAAACGUCCCAUGAACGCCUUCAUGGUCUGGUCCCGGGGUCAGCGGCGAAAAAUGGCCCAGGAGAACCCCAAGAUGCACAAUUCUGAGAUCUCCAAACGCCUGGGGGCCGAGUGGAAACUGCUGACGGAGGCCGAAAAGCGGCCGUUCAUUGACGAGGCGAAGCGACUUCGGGCCAUCCACAUGAAGGAACACCCCGACUACAAGUACCGACCCCGCCGAAAGACGAAGACCCUGAUGAAGAAGGACAAGUACGGCUUGCCUGGGAUGCCGGGCAACCCCCAGAUCCAGCAGGCCAGUCGCGAGGCGGCCGCCAUGUACCCGCACAUGAACAGCUACAUGCCCAACGGGUACCCGAUGAUGGCCCAUGACCCGAACGCCUAUCACCAACAUAUGCAGAACCAGAUGGCCGGCUACGGCUACCCUGCUCAGACGAUGGCCGCCGCCCAGAUGCCCGGCUCCUACAUGAACGGGACGUCCACGUACUCAAUGUCGCCCAUGGGACACUACGCCAUGCCGUCGGCUCAGGUCACCCCUCCGUCGAUAAAACGAGAAACGAACACCCCGACCCAACCGACGGGCCACCCGAACCCAUCGGCAAAAUACCCCGAAGAUCUCCGACAGAUGAUUCACAUGUAUUUACCCGGCGAGCAGGGGGACCACGCUGCCGCAGCCGCAGCCGCAGCUGCACAGCAACGGCUACAACAAAUGCAAGGACAGUACGGUAUUCCGACAACGAGCGAAAGCCACGUGAACAAUACGGUGCCGUUGUCGCACAUGUAGAGAGAGAGAUGGACACAGAGAGAAAUAAAACUCAAUAACAAGUCGACUGACAAGUGAAAUUGACGGCGGCAGUGAACACACAAAAACCCAAACCCCCGUGCUCUGUGUGGAACAGUUGUGCGAACGUGCCAAAGGUUUUGCACACACGUUUUCUUGAUGCGCGGACGGAUGGACGACUUGUUAUAAUAGUAUCCGUCAAGUGAGUACAACACGAAAUACAGACUGCGAACUUAUUAAGAAUUCUCUCUAAAAGGUGUGCGAGAUUCCGUGAUAGUGAAAUCCAGGGACCAAGCUUCUCAACAAAAUGUGCUAAAUAGACAUUUUUUUACACUCAUUUUUUAAAACUGAAAACAAAAAUGAGUGAUCGUCGCAAAGCGGUUUACAUUGUGCGAGCGAGAGAGAGAGAGAGGUAGUGUGAAAUACAUUUCAUUUGUUCAUUCCAUGAGGGUAUUUGUCGAGAGAUCAAUUUCCGAACAUAAUGUUGUGUUUUCAUGUCAAUAACACUGGGGUUCAUUCUUUUUAUACUUGAUUAGUAUAGUCCCAAACGUCCCGAACGUAGCAUAAUAACAGUUUUUAGUUCAUGUUUUGUUUAUCAGAAAGCAUAGUGUAAAAAACCAUUCAUUCCAUUUUUCAUUGUCUAUAGUAUUUUUUGGAUGUGUUUUUUUAUGUAUCAUUAUCGUUAAAAAGACGCCUUUGUAUAGAUGUACAGAAAAUGUUAGGAUAUUAUAUAUUAUUAUUAUUAUAUUUUACACACAUUUUGUUCGCGCCUUUAUAAGCCGACAACUGUGUGAAUCUAUUUAACGAUAAGAAAUUCACACGGCACAAACUGUUGUCUAAUUUAUUUCAUACAUUCCGUUUUAAGACUCAAUGUCGACGUCUUCAAAUUAUAUACAGUAAUGAAGAAACUACUUCCAACAUUUCAUUUGUGGGUUUUUUUUUCUUUGUUGAAUUUCGUUCCGAGGUGUUCUACAUUCCAAACUUUUUUGUCUCCUCUGUACGUAUUUUCGUCCAUGUUAUAUAUUUUGUUGAGCUUAUGAUUACGAUUUUACUUACUUGAAAGAUGAUUUGUACAUAUAUGUCACUUUAACUGUUAUUUUGGCGCAUAAUUCAUUUUUGAGAAAAAAGAAAGAAGAAAAAAGUAAAAAUACAAAAUAUGAA